AGGCGGGUCGCGAUUCCAAGCCUUGGUUCCGCUUAGAGCAAUACGCCACGGGGCUCAACCUCCCUCAGAUCCUUGUCCCGGGAGAAGCAAAGGCCCCCUUCAAUCUGUGGCCCCUUUUACCUAGUGUAACGUCCUGCGCGACACCGACCGCCCAAGAGUUCGACGGUGCAUAAGUGACAACUGGGUCUGUCUGUGAAAGUCCGCAACACACAAGGUAGAACGGUGAAUCGUUGUGUGCGUCAGGGACAACACAGCAACGCGCCGUCAAGAUGGACAACCAAGGCAAUCGUCUGUACUUGAACUUUGGGACCAACAACGACCGACUGGCUGCGGCCGAUCGCACAUAUCCCACCACGCCGUCAACCUUCCCGCAGCCCGUCUUCCAAGGCCAGCCAUCAGCCCAGGCUGGCGGUGGCCAGCAGGCACAGGCAUACCAGCAGCAGCAGGGUUACGCGCAAUCGAACUACUUCCAGCAAAACCAGUACGCUCCUCAAUACUCCUCGCAGCUCGCCGCCCAGGCCGACUACGGUGGUGCUGGCCAAGGUUACGGCCAGGCCCGCUCGACUACUCCCGGCACCAGCAAUGACCCCAACACCGGGCUCGCCCACCAGUUUUCCCAUCAGAACCUUGGCGGUGCUGGCAGAGCGUCCCCUUAUGGCACGCGGGGCACCUCCCCCGGCCAGCGUCCCCGGACAGCGGGCGCGCAGGGACAGCAACCUGGCUAUGGAAGCUACUUGAACGCGCCGCCAAUGCCCAAUACGAACCCUCAAGGGGAAUUCGCCCCGGCACCUGAGCGGAACCCCGAUAAAUAUGGCCCGAAUGCGAACAACAACCAGAAGAAAUGUUCUCAACUGGCCUCAGACUUCUUCAAGGACAGUGUCAAGCGGGCCCGUGAGCGCAAUCAGAGACAGAGUGAGAUGGAGCAAAAACUGGCCGAGACCACAGACCCUCGCCGACGUGAAUCGAUCUGGGCGACUGGAGGCAGAAGGGAAGGCUCUUACCUGCGUUUCCUCCGGACCAAGGACAAGCCGGAGAAUUACAAUACCAUCAAGAUCAUCGGCAAGGGCGCCUUCGGCGAGGUCAAGCUGGUGCAGAAGAAGACAGACGGGAAAGUCUACGCGAUGAAGUCGCUGAUCAAGACGGAAAUGUUCAAGAAGGACCAGCUUGCCCAUGUCCGCGCCGAGCGUGAUAUCUUGGCCGAGUCUGACAGUCCCUGGGUGGUCAAGCUGUACACGACAUUCCAGGAUGCCAACUUUCUCUACAUGCUCAUGGAGUUCUUGCCCGGCGGAGACCUCAUGACCAUGCUGAUCAAGUACGAGAUCUUUUCGGAGGAUAUUACCCGGUUCUACAUCGCCGAGAUUGUGUUGGCCAUUGAGGCGGUCCAUAAGUUGGGCUUUAUACACAGAGACAUCAAGCCGGACAAUAUCCUUCUCGACCGGGGUGGCCACGUCAAGUUGACUGACUUUGGUCUCUCGACUGGCUUCCACAAACUGCACGACAACAACUACUAUCAGCAACUCCUCCAGGGAAAGUCCAGCAAGCCGCGCGAUAACCGGAACUCGAUCGCCAUCGACCAGAUCAACUUGACCGUCAGUAACCGCGCCCAAAUCAACGACUGGAGGCGCUCGAGGAGACUGAUGGCCUAUUCGACCGUGGGGACUCCCGACUAUAUCGCACCCGAGAUCUUCACCGGACAUGGAUACUCGUUCGACUGUGACUGGUGGUCGCUGGGAACGAUCAUGUUCGAGUGCUUGGUCGGCUGGCCGCCUUUCUGUGCCGAGGACAGCCACGACACUUACCGCAAGAUUGUCAACUGGAGGCAAUCCCUCUACUUUCCCGAUGAUAUCCAGCUCGGAGUUGAAGCCGAGAACCUGAUCCGGAGCCUCAUUUGCAACUCAGAGAACCGCCUUGGACGUGGCGGAGCACAUGAGAUCAAGGGUCAUGCUUUCUUCAGGGGAGUCGAAUUUGACAGCCUGCGGCGAAUCCGGGCGCCCUUCGAGCCGCGCCUCACAUCCAAUAUCGACACGACGUAUUUCCCCACGGAUGAAAUUGACCAGACAGAUAACGCCACUCUUCUCAAGGCUGCGCAGGCUGCUAGAAACGCCAACCCCCAGGAGGAGAGUCCAGAGAUGAGCCUCCCGUUCAUCGGGUAUACGUUCAAGCGGUUCGACAACAACUUCCGGUAAACUUGCAGCAAUUUCACCCUCUCGUCCGGCCCGGCGAGCUUUUUACCGGGUUGAUAUUCUCUUCCUUGUUCAAAGUACUAGCCUUACUUGCCUGGUUCGCCGUUGUGAGGUCUUACGUAUUUUCCACUUGUUCGCUGCGAAAUAGUCUAUGCAUAAGCGAGCAUUCACCCUGGCCUAAGGGAGCGGGAUUCGGGAAAGAGAUGUAAUAGAGGGUGGACGAUGUGAGAUGUCGAUAGGCUGGAUAGAUGGUUAGUGCUGCAUGAGAAGGAAAAGAGUGGUAUCGAAUAGCCCCUGUCGUGCAAGGUGAAGAGCGAGGCCGCACCAAAACCACGCAACUUGUUGCCCUGGCUGUGGCAAGCAACAGCUGGGAUGCUUGGGAGCAUUAGGGGCUUGCUGAGAACUGAAACCGUCAAGGA